GGUCGUUGCAACAGGCGUUUUGAUAAACCUCGCUGACGGGAAGUGAACGGAAACUAGCAGAAUGGAGAGACGGUGGCUGCCCCUCUCACUCCUGUUCCUUUGGGUUUUCUGUCUGUACCACGGCUCUGCCGAUAACGGAGGCGUGAAGAAAUUGAAGAUGCAGUUUGCAUCGGGACCUCUUCUCAAAUUUCAGAUCUGCAUUUCCUGAGGGUACAGGCGGGUGUUUGAGGAGUACACGCGGGUUCUGAACCAGCGGUACCCAGACAUCCGCAUCGAGGGGGAGAACUACCUGCCCCAGCCAGUUUAUCGACACAUCGCUUCCUUCCUGUCCAUGUUCAAGCUUGCUGUGAUUGGGCUGAUCAUUUUGGGAAAGGACCCGUUUGCCUUCUUUGGUAUGCAAGCUCCCGGCCUGUGGGUCUGGGGGCAGGAGAAUAAGAUCUAUGCCUGCAUGAUGGUGUUUUUCCUCAGCAAUAUGAUUGAGAACCAGUGUAUGUCUACGGGUGCCUUUGAAAUCACAUUAAAUGAUGUGCCAGUGUGGUCCAAGCUGGAGUCAGGUCACCUGCCCUCCAUGCAGCAACUAGUCCAGAUCCUGGAGAAUGAGAUGAAGCUGAAUGCUCACAUGGAUUCUCUCCCACACCAACGAUCCUAACCAAGUCUGCGGCAGACCGACACCCUCACCCUAGUUUGAGAUGGGCGUGUUCAAGGGCCGUGAGGCGAUUCCUAUGAAAGUCUGCACUAAAGGCAGGUUCACUGCAGGUGCAGGCCGGAAGUCCUGAUCGCUUGUCACUGUGCCUUGGGAAACGCCCUCCCGCCACGGAGUGGGGGUCCGCGGGUCCGCGAUGGCCAUCCGUACAGCAGCCCCUUUGUUUCUGUGCAAUACCCGUGUACAGUUUCAAAUUUCUAUUCAAUAAUUUGAGCCCAUGUGUAGGCUGAUGUCAGUGGCAGUUGUAUUUUGUAUAUAUGCCGAUUCAAGAGGUAAAAACAUUAUGCAGAUCAAGUCAGAUCAUGAACAUUUAAUAUAGGUUAAUGUCUUAUUUGAAUCUUUUGGAGCUGUUGUAUGUUUUAACAUUUCUUUUUGUAGCGUAAAGUAUAACUAAAAUGAUUAUAAAGUGGAUUGAGUCUGAUAGAAAAGUAAUGUCUAAUUUUGCUCAACUCCAGACACAAAGUUUUAAAUAAGUCUUUAUGUAUUUAUUCAAAAGAGAAAAUUCAUUAUGCAAAUAAGGUCUCCUGUGAUGCAAAGUGUUUGUGCUCUGAGUUAAAGAAACAUAACAGUUUGAGAGCUUGGACACACUGUAUAAGGAAGUGUAAUUGGAUAAGGUGUUUUCUGUGAAUGUUUGUAUGGUGACCUUAUAAAUAUUUUGUGAGACUCAGCAAAACCGUACAGCUGCUCAGAGUUUGCAAGACGAAAGCGAAAACAUCCAGCAUCCUGGUUGGAUGGCAGUGGUCAUACUUGCAACAUUCCCUCCUUAGACUGUAAGAAGUUGUUGAUUGCAUUUUAUUUUCUCCAGUCCAUGGUUGAAUUCUGAUACUGCUUUCCUAUGAGAUGUUCUCCAGUAUCUUAAGUCAUUGUGAUGAUUUUAGUGAUGACAAAACAAGACAAGCAUUUCUAACCCAAGCUGUAAGAUUCAAUGGCAAAACAAAUUGGAUAUGUGCCUAUUGGUGAGUGUACCAACACUUUGUAAUGGUUUGAUUUACUGCACAUUCUUUGGAUGGUGAGGAUGGUGAAGUUAGCAAGGCAAAUUAACUUUUAAACGUUUACUUCCCACAAAUAUAUUAAAGACUGGUUAUUAAAAAUGUUUAGGCCUAAGAAGUAUCUUUUUACAGCUGUAUUUUCCAGUGGAAAUGAUAUUCUUGUGAUUGGUGCAGGUUAAUGUUGAGUCAAUAAUGUUUUGAACACAUCGCUUUUCCAGGAAAAAAAAAAUUAAAUGAAUUAUUUGAUCUGUGUGCUCUUAGCAGUGACCCUUAGAAUGGACUGGCUAACAUUUCAUAUUUAAACACUUCUGUACCAUAUUUACAAACACUGCUGUAGUUAAGGCAAAUGUAACAUGUAAGAGCAACAACUGUCCCUCUCAGGGUAAGGCAUGCCAGUUCAACAUCCCAGGCCUCUUAAAGUGAAGACAACUUAAAUUCAGAUUUUUUGCUAUCGGAGGUCUUUAAAAAGCCAUGUCAUUUUUACUGGCCUCUCUUUGGGAUUCGGUUUAAGAGCGUAUCAAAUGUGUUCGAGGUCUUAUUUACCUUGGUUAUUUGUUCAAUGAUUUACGUAUGUAAAGUAUUACAAAAUGUGCGCUUUGUGUUGCUGUCCUCCUCCAUAACGCGUAUAUGCCUGUGAUGAGCCCUUGCCUGAGGCACAUGCGCGUUGUACGUGCAGAUAAA